AGUGUUUACUUUACUACUAGUAAUAAACACUCGUUAUGUCGUCCGCUGCCACCGAUGCAAGGACUGCUGCUGCUGCUGUCAACGCCGCUGCGGUCACUCGUGACUACACCAUUAACCCUAGAGUUGAGUACCAGACCAUCACUGGUGUCGAGGGACCUCUGGUCAUUCUUGACAAUGUGAAGUUUCCCCAGUACAACGAAAUUGUCAAUCUCACUCUCGCCGACGGCUCCACCAGGCAGGGUCAGAUUCUUGAAGUCAACGGCUCUAAAGCAGUCGUUCAGGUCUUCGAGGGCACCAGCGGCGUCGAUAACAAGAACUGCUAUAUUGAGCUCACUGGUGACACACUCAAGAUGCCAAUGUCAGACGAGAUCAUGGGUCGGUCUUUCAACGGCUCUGGUCAGCCCAUCGAUAAAGGCCCCCAGGUCUUAGCUGAAGAGUAUCUGCCUAUCAAUGGUUCUCCUAUUAACCCCAAGUCUCGUCAGUACCCUAAGGAGAUGAUCCAGACUGGUCUAUCUGCGUUGGAUACGAUGAACUCCGUGGUUCGUGGGCAGAAGUUGCCUUUAUUCUCUGCUGCUGGUCUUCCUCAUAACGAGAUCGCCGCCCAGGUGUGUCGUCAGGCCCAGCUCGUCCAGGGUAAAGAUAUCCACGAUCACUCCAAAGAGAAUUUCUCCAUCAUUUUCGGCGCUAUGGGCGCCAACAUGGAAACUGCCAGAUUUUUCCGUAACGAUUUCGAAGAAAACGGCUCUAUGGAGAACGUCGUCUUAUUCAUGAACCUGGCCAACGACCCCACCAUCGAGCGAAUCGUCACUCCCCGCUUCGUGCUCACCGCUGCCGAGUACUUCGCCUACGAGCGUGAACAGCACGUGUUUGUGAUCUUGACUGAUAUGUCCUCUUAUGCUGAUGCUCUUCGUGAGGUCUCCGCUGCCCGCGAGGAAGUUCCCGGUCGUCGUGGUUACCCUGGUUACAUGUAUACCGAUCUCGCGACCAUUUACGAGCGCGCCGGCCGUGUCGAGGGCCGCAACGGUUCUAUCACGCAGUUUCCCAUCCUGACAAUGCCUAACGAUGAUAUCACUCAUCCCAUCCCCGACCUCACAGGAUACAUCACUGAGGGCCAGGUCUUCGUUGAUAGAUCUUUGCACAACCGACAGGUGUACCCCCCGAUCAACGUCUUGCCCUCUUUAUCGCGUUUGAUGAAGUCUGGUAUUGGUCGUGGAAUGACUCGUGAGGACCACCCCAGUGUGUCUGAUCAGCUCUAUGCUAACUACGCCGUUGGUGUCGAUACUCGUGCUAUGAAGGCUGUUGUUGGUGAGGAGGCUCUUAGUGAGGAAGAUCACUUGUAUUUGGAGUUCCUUGAUAAGUUCGAGUCCAAGUUCUUGAGCCAGGGUCCGUAUGAGAACCGUGAUAUUUUCCAGUCCCUGGAUAUCGCUUGGGAGCUCCUCCGUUUGUUCCCAGAGAGUAUGCUGAAGAAGGUGCCUCAAAAGGUCAAGGACAAGUAUUAUCCUCGAGAUCGUGAAGCUCAGAAGGCCGCCCAGGAGGCGAAGUAA